CGCCAAAUUGUUCGCUAAUCCCACGGAUGAAAUCCGGACCCCCGAGAGAUUUUAUUUUUUGUGAAUUGUAUCUUGCAUUAAUCAAGAUGCGUGUGCCUGCUUCGUACUUGUGGUCCUUCCCUUUUUGGAAACCCGAGGGAUUAUAAUUGAAUUUAACGAAACCUCUCUGACACCGACUCCACGAUGCGGUUUUAAAUGUGAAACUAGCUCCUCCUGUUUGAUUCAAGAUGGCAAAGCAAGUGAAAUAGAAAAUAGCAAAUCGUGCUUGUUUCUGUCUUUUUUUCCCUUGGAUAUUAUGUUUUUCUUAAGAAAACAAAAGCUCUUCUCGAAUUCCCGUAUUCACCUCAAAGGAGAAACCCGCAGACAGUGAGUGACCCUGGAUCCAGCCAGCGAGCCUCUGCUCUGAAAAUUAGGAGAACUCCAGUUCCACGUUUUCGGAGAGAUCCGUUUUGACACCAGGAGGAAGUGGAAAGCUUACAGUCUCUGCUCAUGGCCACUGUACAACAGAAAGCAUCAGGCUGCACCAAAAAGAGAGAGGAGAAAUAAAGGCCGCUGGGAGCAGAGAAGAUCCGAGUUGGGCAGUAGUGGAGAGGGGGGCUUAGAAAAGGAGGAUCUUCUCUCAACAGCCAUCCUGAAGGUUUCCUAUUCCCAGGAAUGAGAACUGAAGCCUGGCUGGUUCCCAGAUGAUACAGUUGGGACAGAGUUUCUGGCUGUUAGUUCUUUGAAGAGGCUCCUAGUUUUUUUCUUCCCUUUCAGGUUUUGCAGCAGGGUUUCUGGACUCAUCCCCUGGGGAGGUUGCAGUGAUCUCCCCACGCUGCCUGGUGCCCGUCUCUGGUUGUUUGUGGGAGCCUGUGCCUCUCUCCUAUUUUGCUCUAAAGACUCUUCACCCUGCUGCUGUAGCUCUCUCUCUCUCUCCUACCAAGAUGGCGGACCUGGAGGCUGUGUUGGCUGAUGUGAGCUAUUUAAUGGCGAUGGAGAAAAGCAAAUCGACUCCAGCCGCCAGAGCCAGCAAGAAAAUUGUACUUCCAGAGCCCAGCAUACGCAGUGUUAUGCAAAAGUACCUGGAGGAAAGAGAUGAACUAACCUUUGAGAAGAUUUUCAAUCAGAAAAUUGGAUUUUUGCUGUUUAAAGAUUUUUGUCUGAAUGAAAUAGAUGAAGCUGUUCCCCAGUUGAAGUUUUAUGAAGAGAUCAAAGACUAUGAAAAGCUAGACUCAGAAGAGGAUCGUUUGUGUCGAAGUCGACAGAUCUACGAUAAAUAUAUAAUGAAAGAAUUACUGUCCUGUUCACAUCCUUUUACCAAGCAAGCUGUGGAUCAUGUGCAAACCCAUUUGGCCAAGAAGCAGGUGCCUCCGAGUCUCUUUCAGCCAUACAUAGAAGAGAUCUGUGAAAGCCUACGGGGAAAAAUUUUUCAGAAAUUUAUAGAGAGUGACAGGUUCACUAGGUUCUGCCAAUGGAAGAAUGUAGAACUAAACAUCCAUCUAACAAUGAAUGACUUCAGUGUACAUCGUAUAAUCGGAAGGGGAGGAUUUGGUGAGGUUUAUGGAUGCAGGAAAGCUGAUACUGGAAAAAUGUAUGCCAUGAAGUGUUUAGAUAAAAAGCGAAUCAAGAUGAAACAGGGAGAAACGUUAGCCCUUAAUGAGCGAAUCAUGCUGUCACUAGUCAGCACUGGGGACUGCCCUUUUAUAGUCUGUAUGACCUAUGCUUUCCAUACUCCUGACAAACUGUGCUUUAUUCUUGACCUGAUGAACGGUGGAGAUUUACAUUAUCACCUUUCACAGCAUGGAGUGUUUUCUGAAAAGGAGAUGAGGUUUUAUGCCGCAGAGAUUAUGCUGGGCCUUGAACAUAUGCACAACCGAUUUGUAGUAUACAGGGACCUGAAGCCAGCAAAUAUUCUCCUGGAUGAACAUGGUCACGUGAGGAUAUCAGACCUUGGGCUUGCUUGUGAUUUUUCAAAAAAGAAGCCUCAUGCCAGCGUUGGUACCCAUGGAUACAUGGCUCCAGAAGUGUUACAGAAAGGAACGGCAUAUGACAGCAGUGCAGAUUGGUUCUCAUUGGGAUGCAUGCUCUUCAAACUCCUUCGAGGGCACAGCCCAUUCCGGCAGCAUAAAACAAAGGACAAGCAUGAGAUUGAUCGCAUGACGCUCACGAUGAAUGUUGAAUUACCAGAUUCUUUCUCUGUGGAGCUGAAAUCUCUUCUGGAAGGCCUACUACAGCGAGAUGUUGCAAAGAGGCUUGGGUGCCUGGGACGAGGAGCGGUAGAAGUGAAAGAACAUUCUUUUUUUAAAGGCAUUGAUUGGCAACAGGUCUACUUGCAGAAGUAUCCACCUCCACUCAUUCCACCUCGUGGAGAAGUGAAUGCAGCUGAUGCAUUUGACAUAGGAUCAUUUGAUGAAGAAGACACAAAAGGCAUCAAGCUGCUGGAUAGUGACCAAGAAUUGUAUAAGAAUUUCCCUUUGGUGAUAUCAGAACGUUGGCAACAAGAAGUGGCAGAAACUGUGUACGAUGCAGUCAAUGCUGACACUGACAAAAACGAGGUUAGGAAGCGAGCUAAGAAUAAAACGCUUGGACAUGAGGAAGAUUAUGCCCUCGGAAAAGAUUGCAUCAUGCAUGGUUACAUGCUGAAAUUAGGAAAUCCUUUCCUGACCCAAUGGCAACGUCGUUAUUUCUACCUCUUUCCAAAUCGGUUAGAGUGGAAAGGAGAGGGCGAGUCACGGCAAAGCCUGUUAACAAUGGAGCAGAUAGUGUCGGUGGAAGAGACUCAGAUUAAAGAUAAGAAAUGUAUCCUCCUGCGGAUUAAAGGAGGAAAGCAAUUUGUGCUCCAGUGUGAGAGUGACCCUGAGUUCAUCCAGUGGAAGAAAGAAUUAACGGAAGCCUUCAAUGAGGCCCAAAGGGUCCUUCGAAGAGCCCCUAAGAUGUUGAAUAAGUCACGUUCGGCAGUGGUAGAGCUGACCAAACCCCCCCUCAGCCACAGGAACAGCAAUGGACUUUAAGGGAGAGCAUUUUUGUGUGAGUCAGGGAACCGAAGCAAGAGACCUGAGGAUGGUUUUGUGCAAACUACUUAUAUAUCACCUCGUACGUGGUCCAGCGUGUUGUUAUUAAUUAAUUAUGAUCCCAUAAAUAAGGUAUAUAUAUAUAUAGAAAUAUAUAUAUAUCUAUAUGUGUAUAUAUAUACUAUAUAUAUGCAUACAUGUAUGUAGAUAAUGAAUGUGAGACUUUUUUGGAACAGUUUGGCUGUGUAUUUUCUAUUGGAAGUAUUGACGAACGAGUGUCGCAUCUGUUAACUGAAACCACAGUAACCACUGGGGUUCAUGAGCCAACUCCACAGGAAUCGACUAGAAGAUGUUGCCAAAUAAUUUUCGAGAAUUUAUUUUGUCGUGUGUCAUUGCGCCCUGGUGGUGUUCUUUGCUUCAUAUCAGAGAGUCGGAGGAACAUUGACAUAAAAAGCAAGUGGCUGACAGGACCUAUAUUUUCAGUCACUGAUUCAUUCAGAUUUCUUUAGCUUCUGAACUGCAACAUAUCACAUAGAACAUUGACCCAUCAUCAGUGGUCCAUCAGUCGCCAUGGUUUCUCUGAUCUCAAAAUGCUAUUUUGUGACAUAUUUGUCACUGAUAGCACCAUGUGCCAAUAAGUAUCAUCGUCAUCUGGCUUGGGUUUCUUUUGCUGUUUCAGACUCGCUACCUUGCGACGUAUUAUGUGUUUUACCAGCUGCUGCUUUCUGUAUGUACCCAACAUUGGGUGAUUGCAAACAUCAGUUGGAUGUUGGAUUACUUUAUUCCCGUUGUUAUGAGGACAAUGAUAAACAAUGAUGUGUUGGUGCUUGAUUUCACCCUUCACCACCCCUAGCAUUCCUCCCAAAUCUCUGCUAUUUGCAAUGUUUCUUUGAUGACAAAAGAAUGAUUGCUGCCUUUCUGGAUUGCCAGGUUGUCAAUGUAUUAAUAACUGCUAUCUCUCAGCUGUCACUAAGUUUUCUUGGCUACUCGGAUGUUGCUUUGUGGCCUGUUUUGUUGAUAGGGUUUCAGUGGUUGCUAGAUGAUAACACAGUCACACAUCAUUGUCGAGUUUCCAUGGAUAACGAAUGACAAGGUUUUCUGUGUUUUGCCAAGUGUCUAUGGUUACUGGAUAUAUAACUAUAGUUACUGAUCAUGACCCGUUGUGCUUCUGUAAUAUCUGGUUCCAGCGUGGACUAUUCUGCUACUGCUGGGCAAUUUUCAGUUAUUGUAAAUAUUUAAAUGCUGAUCUACAGACCUAGCCGGUCCUGAUUUCUAUGUUAACGGAUACUGAUCCAGGAUCACAGGAAGCCAUUGCAUUGUUAGAUUACUUGUCACAGUUUGGAGAGUUUUGAAAUCAUUGCAUUGAUGGAACAUUAAUGUGUGCUGCAACCUACACCUUUGCUCCUGUGAAAUGAAAAAGUUUAGGAAUCCCUACAUUCUACCAUUCUAAUCCAUGCAGCAUAUGAUUUGUUCUGUAAAGUCUUUGUCCCCUUCCCACCGUGAAGUGCAAAGUGCCAAUGGACUUGACAGAUUAAGGAAGAUUUUAAAACCAAUCUAAGAGAAAAGUAAAAUAUUUAUCAUUGAUAUUACUGUGCAAGUGUACAUAAUGUUUAAGAACUAAUAUACCAAGAAUCUAUGGUAACAACUUGAGAAUAUCUUUAAAUGGUGAUUGCAUAGCAUGAGUUGCUUUAUUGACAUGUCUUCUAUGAACACAGUGACAGUGCAUUGUUACAUCUUAAUAACUGGUCAGUUGCAACAAGGGUCAGCUAUUAAUCCGAAUUUAGGGAGCAACAUCAACGCUGAAAUUCAUUUAGUUUUUUUUGUUGCAUUUUAUUUCAGCUACAGUACCACUAAAAUGUUUAAACCUCAUAUUUCAACUGUAAAAAUAACACCAAGGUAAUGUGUAUAGUUUUAUCUGGUUAUAUUUUUAUUUAGAACUACUGCAUUUAAUGUGUAUUGGAAAAACAAUAAGCAAGGAGACAUCUGGGCUCAAAAUUUGCCACAACUAUUGCCACGGACUGCUGCUUUGACAGAAAUUGAGAACGAACGAUGGAACAAGAUAGUCUAUGGUCAGUUCCAAUUGAUUUUCACACAGGUUAAUGUCAUAAUAAUUUCUGUUGCCAAGUUGGAUGAUGUUACUAGCUUACUUUUGAAUCAGCAAUAAAUACGUAACCUGGCUGGUCAAGAGUGUGGAGAAGCAACAGUGCUGAUCCUAAGGGUGGACGUAGAUUCAGUUGGUUAACAUUGAUGUCUAUCAUAUAAGAAGAAAACCAGUUUUUAUCUCUUAUUUCUUCCAAAAAAGACAUUAUACCACCAUUUUAUCUGUCUCUUUCCUCUCCACUCCACUUCCUGUUCCACAAAAAGAAAUGAAAUAGGAUAUAGUUAUCGCUAUACUAUUUCAUAGCGCCACCUGGUGCUCGGGCAACACUGGUGGGAGUUCCACAGAUGAGAUUGCUUUCCUUCUCUCAGUUCAUACAUUAGUGUAUUUUGAAUUGAUGCAAUAUUGUCAUAUUUCAGACUCAGGAAGCAUUAGUACAGUUUGUAUGUUCCUAAAGGAGACAGUCAGUCUGUACAGGCCACCUCUGAAAAGAAACAGUGCCUAAAGUGCGGCAUGCAUGUGCAGAAUUGUAGGGUCAACUGAUCUAACCAAAUAAGUGCCCAAAUCCAUAUCAAUAACUCACUAAUUCUGCAUUGUUGGAGGAGUUAUCUCUGAUAUUGCACUUUAGAGUUUUAUUUCCUGGUCAAGAAUGACUUAUUUCCGUAGAAUUUUCACUGAUCAUAGCUUGGAUCUGUUACCGUAGUAACCUCAAUACUUUAAAGCUCAGAAGAUUUUUGUCUAUUCCAUUUCAUCAGAGAACAAAGGGGAAAAUUGGACAGGGAAGAGUAUAAUCCCAAGCAGAACCUUGGAGUUCCUUCCAUGUGCCGGUAAUGGGGUGUGCCAUCCUCACUGUUCAAUUUCUCUCUCCAUGUUGCAUCUGGGCAGUGCUCCACAAAAUGACAAAAUCCGCCUCACUUUUUUUCAAACAUUGAUAUGAUUCUUCUAAUAGUGCCCUAAAAAUGCUUGUUAUAUUAGUUAGUAUUACAUAUCGCACACUGACCAACUUUUAUUUCUGAAAGGUUUAACACAAGUUAAGCGCCAUCACCCACAGCGCUUUAGUACUUGUGCAGUGGCUGAGAUUGUUAUGAAAAUAUUUAAACUUUAAAAACAUAAGAGCAUAGAAAGGAUAACGUUCUGAUGACAUAAUCCAAUUAGUAAAUCCUCCAUACAAAAACUGAGCGCCAGUUGCCGUUGCUCUCUUAUUACAUGGCAGGGGCAAAUUGCUUAUUUGAAGCAAAUGAUCCCGUAAAUCAGGAGUGACCUCUCCCUUGAAUCAGUUUUGGAUUAAACCAUAAUCAAGAACUUUUGGUGUUUGAAUUUGUGAAAGAGGGUUAAUGCACAUUAUAUAAUGCAUUACUUGGAGCAGUGUGAUGAACUCCAUGUCAAUGAAAGGUGACCAUUCUACUAGUGAAUGUUACAAUGUCUUAGAUGUCUGUAUUUAGUAACUAUUCUUAAACAAUGCACAUUUUGUCAGUAUUAUUGAGAAAUACAAAAUGAGAAGCUACAAAGAACAUUAGAAUUUGUGAACGAUAAGAUGCCACUAUUUGUGAUGGUUUUAUAUUAAUUGCAUCAAAUGCAUUUUUAAUAAAAGCAAUGGACUCCAAACGGAUACCAAUUAUGUGCACCUUCAGUUGGUGAGAAAAUUUAUUAAUUUCUGCUGGAUCCAUGAAUUGCCCCCUUCCACCAUAUUUCAACAGUGAACAUAAUAUUUCAUGAGCCACUACGAAUGGGAAAUCUCACUAAACUAAAUUUAAUUUGGUAGGAGGUUAAGAUUUUAAUUGUUAAGUUUUGUAUAUGCAGUAGAAACUAUUGAUGGCAAUUUUUUUUUUCCAAAGCUUUCUUUUUAUGACAAUAGCCUGAUCUAAAAUCUAAAAAGAAAUACUUCAGCAGUAUUGUUAUACUUCAUGAAUAUGUCUUUUAAAUGUUAAUCCUAAAUUGCAAAGCAUCUAACACAUAACCAUAACCCAGGUAACCCAGUUCAAAUGUUGUUUUACAGUUACAUGGAAUGUAGGAGUUACUAAUGACUUCAGUCUGUGGCUUCUCCAUCUUGUUAAGGGUACAUGACCCAGAAAUAAUGUUAGCGGGGCUUGCUUACUUGUGACACAACCUGAUAGCAUAUGACAGAAGGCUCUUCUGUCUAUGUGUUAAGAUAUAUAAAUGUGAAGUAGACAGAGGGAAGUUUGUAAUAUUUCUAAAAUUGCAAUUGUUUGCAGUUUUGUAAAAAAAAUUAAAGAUUAUUAAAAUGCAUAUCCAGGACAUAUUUUUGCAACAAUACUGUAACAUAAAAUGGUGCAGUAACUCCUCUAUUUCUCAGCUGAAUAACAUUGAGUUUUGUCUUCCUGAGUCAAAAUCUACCAAGUUUACUACUAGUGAAAUAUGUUUAAUAGGUUGUGCAGUGAGACAUACAUUACAGAUUCAUUACAUAGAGUUGCUUUUGCAUCUUAAUCUUGAAGAAAUCCUGGCCCAGCAAUCAGCGUAGUCAUGUGGAGGUCUUUUCAAUAAAUGUAAAUGGCAGGCACCUAUGCAAUUAGAGGACACACUGUUGUCUGCCUGACUGAGACGCCAGAAGGUAGAAGGUCUAUUGCUAGACCAGAGGAUGCUCAUGCUUCCAGUCUCCAGAAAGAAAGCCAGGCUGCCCUGAAGCCACGGAUCCUAGCUUGAGUCCCAUCCAUAUUACAGUUGCACACGGUGUAUGGGCUGCUGGUGAUCUACCUGACUAAAUACGUAGCUAACUCGGACAUGAAUUCCUAGUGUUGGGAGUGACAUCCCUGUUAUAGCAGUGUUAUUGACCUAGUGCUAGGCUUUGACUUCAAAAUAAACACACUUCAGCAGAAUAUUCAGCAUUCAGUCAAAAUGGUGCAUUAAUUUUGCUGUCUAAUUUGUGGUUCUUUCAAUACAAUCAGACUAGGGUUUUAAUAGGAGUGUGCUGAGAGAGACAUAGAGUUCCAGCCCUAUUGUUGUUUAAGAUAUAAAUAUUUUCAUUCACAAUUGUUAAUGCUAUUGUAUGCAGUCACUACCUAGAUUUUCAAUGGUAUUCUCAGUCUUUACAAACUAAAAGUGCUGCCAAGAACCUCGUUGUGGUUUUUACAAUAUUUUACUUUUGUAGGGAAUGAUUAGACAGCUGUGCUCUAACCUCACAUAUGAAUUAAGUUUCAUUUUUUCAAAGUCUAAUGCUAAAAUCCCUCAUUUGAGUUCACAUUCUGUACUAUGUACUCGGCUAUGUAUUAGUUUAAAUUGUCAUUUUGAACUUAAUGCUUGGAACCCAGCAUUUUUUUAAACUGAAAUCCAUGAUCCAUAUGAAAGAUGUGAAGUGAAGGAAAAGUUGUAAAUUCUAGUUAUGAGGACAGAAGAAUGGAAACUGUUGGAAUGACAUCAGUUUAGUCGUUGCCUGUAAGAUAGGCCAAGACAUUUUUGAUCUGUGGAUAUGAUCCAGCUUUUAAAAAUUCAGAGAAAAUUAGGGAUUAAUUAUUGAUGUACAAAAAACUUUGGAACCUGAAAACAAUUAUUUUAAGAGAAAAAAAUGUGAUUUACAAGAGAAAACCUGUCAUACUUUUGCCCCUAUUGGUCAUUCUGCAUUUCUUCCAAAUCCCUGUAUUCUGAAGGUGAUCUUUCUGGACAAUCACUCAAGUGUCUACUGUGCCCAGACUUGACUCAUUACUAAUUCCUCACGUAUGAAACAUUCUAUAGUAUAUGAAUAAAUAAUGUGUUUGCGACAAUUCAAAUCUUCUCUUGGUCUAAAGAAACUGUUGGAACUGCAGCAUUUUUAGCUACAAUGUUCCAUAUAUUAGGAUCAGUAGUACCUUUUCUGCACUGAGAUGAAAUAUUACUUUAUACACCCUCACAGCAUUGUUCAAUUGACUGCCCAAUAGGUUAUAGGAAGAAACCUGAAGAACCAUUUUAAAUAUGAGUUACAUUCUUGGGGGGGAUAGGUAAUGUGUUAGAAUCAAAAUUGUAUUUACAAAAAUUAAGGAUAUUUAUUCAACAUCUUUGUUGAAUUUUGGCCUUAAAGAAGCCUAUUAUAACAGACUAAGGGCUAAUUUUUUUUAAAAAGGUAAAGAAAUAUGUUUUUCUUUAAUUUGCAUUUAUCUCACAGUGUACCUAUUCUACAACUAGAGUGUUAUUCUUUUCUUAAAAGAAAUCACAAAAACUUGUCUGGAAUAGUUACCACUCAGAUGCAACAUAUGAAUGCUGACUCUGAGCUGCUUAUGGUGUUUUAUUCAUUUUGAACUACUCCUAUAAAUAAAGAUUCCUGUCAAUUUCCAAGCCAUUGCAUUUUUUAGAAAAAUCAUUAUAAUUCCCUCUCCCAAUAUUUUCCACUCAUCCAGGUCUGUCAGACUGAGCCACUUCCUCAUCUUGCAGGCAGAAAGGCUUUUAUCACUGAUUAGAAGAUAUCGUUAAGCAGUGUCUUGCACUCGAAGCUGUGCAAGCAAGGCAUCAGUAGCUAGCUAAGUGGGCAGAGAUUUCUGCUGAUUCCUAAUUUAGUUGUAUUAAUUGUAUAAUUUAUAGUGGCAGGUUAUAGCAAUGAAGCAGUGGUUUAUGGCAACAGCUUGUGGUAAACUUUGUGCAUUUUUGAGUCUCUGCACAAUUUGAAUAAUUCAAUUUCAUUUGCUCUGUGGGUUUUUUUUUAAAUUUUGAAAAUUUUUUUGCACCAGUUUUCAGGGAUGUGAAAGAAGCUGCUUUGCAUUAAUGAGGCUGUCUGAAUCGGGUUAAUUCCUGUACUUUAUACUGCUGAAGAAAUGCUUUUAAGGAUGUACUGAAAGUUGCAGCAUUUUUAGUGGUGGCCAAUGUGGUUUAACAGAUAAGUUUUUUUAACCCAGUUACUGUGCCAGAGUUUCACAAAUCAGGUUGCAAGAAGCUGCACGGACUUGAUUGAGAGUUGGGAUGUUUUGAGGAGGGUGGUUGCAGUUAUUGUAGAUGAGCUAUUUUGAUCAUGAUUGUUUGGUAUUUAAAUGCCUUUCAAAUGAUUUGUGAGCUUGCUGAAUCUGGAUCCUGGAGAUUUGCAUAUGCUCAGAUUCAUGCCCAUGACAGUCAAGCUGAAGCACACUGGAGAAUCUUGGAAACACCAAGAAAUUUGGACUCGAGGAUAUGCACAUUCUGACAUUUCCCAUGGAAAGCUUGGAUAGGACCAAAAAUGGGGUUUCCAUUCUCCACAAAGUGGCUAGUUGUUAACCAGAAAUGUUGUUUAAUUUCAAACAAAUGAAAGGAGCAGUAUUUCCCUGUAAAGAGUAAGCAAAUCAUGUAAAAACUUACGGAGCUUGUAUCCUCAAACUUGCCCAUCUAUUAAUGUUUUCUUGUCUAGUUAUGGUGAGUUAUGGUAAUAAAAGUGCAGAGCACCAGGGCUGGAAUGAUUUUGGCUUGGGCAUGCCUAUUGCCAUUUUCAGAGGGACCAUGCCUCAGAAUAAGCAUACGAUAGAAAACACACAUUAGCCCCCACAAAGAUAUGCUGCAUCUUCAACUUCUAUACAGUGCUUGAAUUUUUAAAAAAAAGAAAAAAUUGUUUUUUAAGCUUUUGUUUAUUGACUGAAUCCUAUUAGUAUUGUUAUCAAACUGAUGUACAUAUUCUUUUAAAAAAAAGGAGCAUCCUAUAUACAGAAUGUCUGAUCUCUUCCCUCCCUCUUUUCCCUAUCCAUCUCUCAGUCAUCAAGUUGUAUUUUUUUUAAACGGAUUUUAGUGUACUGUGACAUGGAUGCAGAUGUAUACUUUUGCUGCCAUGCUGUCUUCAGUGUAAAAGUUGGAAUGGAGGGGGGAGGAGGGAGAGACCAAAAAGACAUAUUAUGUUAUUUAUUGUGAACCUGUUCUUUGACAUCAUUGUGACAUUCUGACAUUCCAAACUGAACUCUUGUCUGAAUCAUUACUGUGCAUGUGGUCACAUUAUUGCUUCUGAUUCUUUGCCCUUUCUGAGGUUUUCGGGUAUGUUAAUGUACUCAGGUGUGGAAGUUGAUCCCAAAAAUGUAAAUGAGCAUUCUCUCCUCCUCUGGUGGAAUAGUUAUUAGAGGCAACAUGUAACUAAGCCAUGAACAGAAGUAGGCCAUUCAGCCUCUCCACUCUGUUCUGCCAUGCAGUCAGAUCAUGACUGAUUUGAAUUCUAACUCAGUCCAUUUACCUUGGCUCUGUAUCAUUUAUUACCCUGGACCAGCAAAAAGCAGUCUAUUCCGGAUUUAAAAUUUUAAAUCAAACUAACAUCGACUUGAAUUUUAUAGGAGCGAAUUCCACAUUUCUACCACUUCUGUAAGAAAUAAUGUUCCCUAGCUUUUCAUCUGGCUCAGUUUCUUGUCUUGGUAGAAUGAUCUGAUGAGUAUUUCUGAAAAUGAAAACCAGCCAACAUUCACAAACUUAAUUGACCUUCUGAAAAGUAGCCAUGUAUGGAUAAUGUGAGAACGGAAUUAGGUUUGAUUGUAAUUCCACUUCUCAAUAGGCUCACCCUUGAAUAAUGAUCAUUUGGGCAAGGUACUGGUGGGCUGUUAGCACUUAAUGAAACUAUUUCCCAGCAAGAAUAAACUUUUUCAGACGAGGAGGAGAGAAAAGUGGAAGAAAAAAAUCAUUUCUUCCAAAGUGAAAUGUGGCAUUUAUCGUAACAAUGGCUGCUUUCUCCAAGUUGUCAAGAGUGCCAUAAAACUGCCCUGUUGAGGUGGUUUUACAAUGAUGGUAUUAAUAAUGUUUGGCUUUAUAAAGCACCUUAUCACAACAAAAUGUCUCAAAGCACUUUAACAAAUUAAUUACUGUUGGAGCCAAAUGACUUGUAGGAUUGCACUUGUGGUUUGGUGUAAUGAAUUACAGCAGAAUAAUUCAACCAGCAGUGUUGAAAAUUAUAUUGUUAUUAAAAGGUUAGGCACUAUAUAGAGAUUGAAAUUAGGUAAAAAGAAUCCUGCCGCCACCUGAGAAAUGUAAUCCUCUAGAAUGAUGGCCAGAUCACAUUUGGAGAAAAACGUGAACCUACCUAAUUGGCAUAGUGGGCAGCGGAAAAUUGUCAUUUCCAACUCCCAUCCCCUCCUUUAAAAACUGAAGUUUAAUAUAAAUGCUCACACUGUUGUUCCCUAAACAGAAUGGUGUUGAGAAUCUGUGUUAAAUUUACUAUUUCACUUGUUACUGAAAAAUUGCUCAACAUUUGUUGUCAGGUCAUUUUUAAUUAUAGAUUAAAAAGAAACCCCGCUGGUUUUAAAAUCCAUGCAAUUUUAAAACUCAUUGUGCUCUAUAACAUUUUACAAUCUGCCAUCUCAAGGACCUUGACCGGAGAUUUACAAAUUGUACAGUUUAUCUUGCCAGCAUGUCAUUGAUUUGAAUUUUUCAACAGAAAGUAGUUGAAAGUCCCAUUUCAGUGUACUUCACGUUAGCACUCUUGCAUCACGAUAGCUUUUGUUCUUUUAUACAGUUCAGGUGAACCACGUUAAUUGAUUUUUCAACUGAUGUGACAGUUCCUGUAUACGUAGUUAAGAUGCUGAUUGAGAAGUGAUGUCAUAAUUUUUAUUUUGAAUUAACAGUCCAGAUGGACUUUGAUACAAACAAGCUUUUAAAACAAGUACCAGUGAAUGUUAUUUGCACAAAUUUGUUCCUUAUGGACAGCAAGCACUCUGAGUGGGAGGACAUUAAUCUGUUAAUCACACAAUAGCAGAAGGCUAAAACUGUGCAUCUGUUUUAUAUUGUAAUGUCAAUCUAUUCUAUCUGACAUAAAUCACAGGUUGCUUCAUGCAGAUCCAGUAGUUUUAUAAGAAAUGAAAAUGGACAAUUUCUCCAUCUGUUUAAUAUCUUACAAUGAUUAACAAAUAUUUCUCAAAGAAUAGCAACAGUAUCUGGUAAAUGUUUGUUUAGAGAGGAGCAACCUGUAAUUUAAUCUACAAAUAGCAUUGAAGAUCGGAUUAAUAAAUAAUUUCACAGCUCACCUUAAUCAGAUGCUGCCUUUCCUAACUGUACUCAAUAUAACAAAGUAUUUGCUAUCUUAAAUGACACAGUAAAAGCCAAACUUACACAAGUUGACAGCAGCAAAGGUUAUGAGACUGAAUUAAAGGUUAUGGCAUAGAUUAAAUAUAUGUAGCAACAUAUUUCUGCAAAGGUUAUGGGUUGAAUUAAAGGUUACAGUGUAGAUUAAAUAUGUGUUACGGAUAUUUCAACAUAGAAGGCUAAUCAAACCAUGUGCUACAUCUACAUCAGUGUCAAUUUCAUUUUAACAUGUGUGUUCACAGCUAUAUGCCGACACUAUCACUCAUCUGAGCAUCAGUGUUAUAUGUUGAACAUUAUUCAAUCUCUGCAAACUUUACCUGCAUCAGCUGCUGAGAGUGAAAUUUCUGACCCUGAAAUUCUGACCUUUGAUAAUCAUUUUUGCUGGGGUUGGGUGUCAGUGCGUACUCUGUGACAGCAAGAAAACUUCUGAAAACUUCUGCCUUAAGAAUCCAGCCAGAUUUGCAGAAUUGCAAACAAUGUGGGCAUCCAGUAGGGUGUUGUUGUGGAGGUUUGAGAGAAGAUUUGUUCAUUGGAAUUUACGAAGCAGAAUCCCAAGAAACGUGUGUUAUUCUCAAUAUUUGUCACCCCACAAGUGAAAAAUCAAGCAUUUUGCACUCUAGGAAUUUUGAGAUCCAAUUUUCAGUUUUAUUCAGCCUCUUGAAUAUAUGUCAUGUUUAAAUAAUCACUGAAGUACAAGAACACUGACAUUAGCCUGUCCUGGUUAUGGAGUAUCUUUCUUUUACAGUUUUCCAAUUUAUUUCAUGGAAGAUUCCAGCUACAAAUGUGUAUGAGUAAACUUUCAAUUGCAGCCUAUUAUUAACGGCAAUUUGAAAUCAGAACUUGACGGAAUUCUGCAAUGAACUCUACUGCUCAAAUGUUUGACAAUACUAUUGACUUGGAUCCAAACCAGAUUAAAGAAAUUAUAAAGUUUACUCUGAUCUUUGUGUAGUGAAGAGUGAUUCACACUAUCCAGUGAGUGUUGAUCCACAAUACAAUAAGAGGCAUAGGAGUUGCUGAUUUGAGAAAUAAACCUGGUAAAGUGGUGAUAGUUCUUUUGCAGUAUGGACAUGGUACAGAAUAAAUGUAUGUAAUAAAAAAAAGAAACAACGUAUAUAACAAUUUGGACAACCUCAGAUCUUCCCAAAUCUCUUUGCAGUUAAUGGUCACUGUUGUAAUGAAGGCAAACCAGAUGCUUGCAGCAAGAUCACAUUUAGCAGUUGAAAGCACACUGACCAGAUACUUUCAAUCUGGUAGUUUGAAUAUAGAAACAUUGGCUAAGACCACAGGAGGACUCCACGCUCCUCCAAUUUGUCACUGAAAAUUUGAUAUCCAGCUGCUUCACAUCCAUUUAAGAACUUUUGAAAUGUGUCAUUGAUGCAGGGUACCAUAGCCAACUUUCACAUAGCAGGCUCCCAAGAUCUAAAUAGUUGGCCAAGAUGCCUGAAAGAAUUCCCCAGUUACUUGAAAAUAGUGCCAUGACAUAUUUUGAAUCAAUCAAAAAAAGCUAGACAGGGCCUUAGAAGAUUAAACUUUUGACAAUACACAACCUCCUUCAUGACUGCUAUGAAGUGUCAAGUGAGAUUUUGUCCUAAUUUCUCUGGAGUGGUACAUGAACCUAUGCCAUUAGUCGGUGAGACUGUUAUCAACUGAGCCAUGACUGGCGAUGAAACUCGCAAGAUGCUGCCUGAAUCAAAUUCCUGUCUGUUUAGCUUUGUCUCAAACCUAGUUUUUGCUAACAUAGUCAAUGAUUCCCUUUAACAUCUUUCAAAACUUUGGUCAUAAGAUACAGUACUCAUUAAAAAGCUCAUCUUCACCUCCUGCAUUGCACCUUCUGCCAUCAAACUCCAAAUUUCCUUUCCUUUCUAAUGUCCUCCAACGCAUCCAUCAUCAUUGCCAACCUCUCUGCUUGCAUUUCCUAUCAAUCCUUGUUAAAUGCUUUCAGUUUGAUUUCUACCUCAACCGCAACUGUGGUAGGCCUUCUACAUGAAUGGAACUAUUAUUAAUUAUUCCUCUUCAAUUACUCCAUAAUUUUCAAUAGGGUUGAUCAGACUACUCCCCUGGACAGUCUGAAAUUUCUUGAGUACCAUUAGCUCAUUGCAAACAUUAUAUGAUCCAUUCCUUUCUUUUCUAGCUCAGUCAAACAUAUCUUUCCAUGAUAUUUGUAUUCUCUCUCAGAAUAUCUGAAGUUCCCACCCUUCGCACAACAGCCAGUUCUUAUUUAAGUUAUUGUAUAAUACAAUGUACAUGCAGUUAAUUUUCGUAUGCAAACAAUAAUUUUACUGAUUCAAUCUUGUUUUUAAUUCUAACUAUGGUGAUGUUAUGUUUGAUUCUUCAAAAACUUUCUGCAGUUAAUGUCAAGACCAAUGUCAGUUCUGUUCUGGAUUCACCCACGUAUCAAGCACUUUAUUCACUCCCCCUCCAACUCGUCCCACAAGAUGAAUCCAACUGUAUGAAGCCAUUGUUUUGUUCAUCCAAGUUAAGUUUUAACACAAUAUCCAUUUCAUCAAUAAAACUUACUUUGUUCUCUGAAAUAACAUCAUCUACCUCAUUAUAAAAGUUGAUAAAACCUUAUCUGCAUUUGUCUAAUGUGUUUAUUUGUUUCCAAAGGUCAAACCUAUAUAUUGUUAAUUCUUCCAGAAUUCCUUUGCAACAUUUUAUCCCAUAAAUUAUAUUUGAUUAUCUUUGUCUGUGUCUGCAUCUGCCAGUUCAUAGCUCUCAAAUUCUGAUCUCAAUGACAAAUUCCUUCUUGGCCUUGAUUCAUGUUAUCUCUUUCUCACACCCUGUACUUUUCUGAUUGAUUCACUGAGCAUUCCACCGUUACUGAUAACUGACACUUUAACUAUUUGCCCUGAGACAGUGCAAUUCUCUUUGCAACUCAAUCUGCUCGACCACAUUUUUCCUAACUUGAAACCUUCUUUAACAUCUCCUCCUUAAACUGUAAUUUAUCACUUACCUUAACAUUUUUUGUUCAAGCUAACUGCCACUUUGUGAAGAGCCUUUUGAUGUUUUUUGCUAAAUUGAGGGUUAUCUGAAUGCCAAUUCAUGUAAUAUAUUUGUUUGUUCGUUCUGCCAAAUUCUGGUAAAGGUCUCUGAGGGCAGAGACUCAGAAAUAAAAAUUGAAUUGACCAUG